AUGCAAGGCCUACUUAACGCUAUCAUAAGCGAGGAUGCUGCAAACAGCAUCCUCAAGCUAUCAUGCUUUAUUCAAUAUGCCUCAAGACUCAAAAAUGAAAUCCUGCUUGCCCAACAAUCGUCUCACCUUCCUGACAUCGUUCCUCAGUUCCUUCCUGUUAGCAUAAUUGAAUUCCUUGCUUCAAGCUGCAUUAUAAGUGAACAGGAGGUCGAGGAGUGCUGGAAAGUUGUAAAAGAGAUUGUGUGGUCAGCUUGUAGUAUCCUUGAUGACAAGGCUGUGUCAGCUGCCUUCAAGAAUCACGGCGCAGAUAAAGGAUUCACUUGUAAUCUGUGGCCUCCCUCACAGCUCUGUACCAACCCUGAUUGUAAACACACAGAUAAUGGAAGAAAACUCCAGAUUGCAACCCAACGUGAGGGGAUCCUCUACACACUUAAUGAAGGACCCAUUCCGAUUCAUUCCUGCUUCCUAACUUGUAAAGACUGCAAGACCGAUUAUCACCUUGAUUUUUACAUGAAGAAUGAGAGAAGAUUCUAUUAUGACAAUCCACCUGACAUUUUCCAAAUUGCAGAUCACCAAUUCAUCAAACGUCAUCUUAUAGACAUGUGGCGAACAAGCACCAACGUCGCAUGGGUGUCCUUUGCCAAUUGCGCCGCCGUUUACUUGAACACACACAACACAACGACGAACGAUAAAAUCCCCGAGUCUUGGAAAUUCAAGGGCAAACUUGACGGCAAAAAUGUCGCACAUGCCUUCAUUUUGUUAGCGUUGCUUGAGGACCACCAACGGCGCAACACCAUCCUUCAGGUACCUCACGGCGGCUUACAAUCUGAACGUUACAAGGUAGCCAUGCACGAAAGGAAUGAUCGGAUUCGCCUCUAUGGUCAACCAGAACUUUGUCACCGGUGUCAGAAAUGUGUCCGUGAAUAUGUAAAUGAUGGGCACACUGGGCUCACCGUUCAUGCGGUUGUCAUGGACGGGGUAACGCUAGGUCGCCCGACAUGCGGCGUACUGCAUUGCACUAAUCCUCUUGCCAACAAGCAUCAUCGCUUCUGUCCUACACAUGUCCAUUUCAACGAAAAAUGCGCCAUCAUAGGCUGUAGCGAUAAAAUUUCGGCACCUGACAAACAGACAUGUAAUAACCCCAUUCAUCAGCAGGUUGAGGGUGUCCAUGUUGAACGUGGGCAGGCGGCAUUCCAACUGAAGGAGAAGCUGAAGAGAGCAAAGGUUGCUCACCCAAAAAAUGGUGAGGCUCUUGACUUGCCGGUGGCUCAUAUCAUUGAACAAGGUGACGACCUUGACGAGACAUAUGAGAUUGUUGGCGACCGAGUGAUCCCUUCCGAGGCUGACCCGAUAACCCAAACAGCUCUUGCUCGGGCCUCGUUGAAUCCAACUAUUGGGACUAGCGCUACUAACCUAAUCACACAAACCUCACUGGCAGCUCCCGCGCUCCCAGCAGCAAAAAAGAAAAUCCGUGCGCAAUUUGGCCGUUUGCGGACUCACAAUGAGCAAAUUCUUGUUGCCCCUUGCGGAAUGAUCAUAGCUAGAGAGACGUUUUACUAUGCAGAGUCAAUAACUGCAGUUGUGGAGAUGAUAAAGCGAACUUACCGGGGCGGGUUCAUGCCCAACCACAUAAUCUUCGACAACAAUUGUAGUGUUGCAAAGCACGUCAAAGAUGACUCAGAUUUCAACAAUGUUGGGCUUGCCGUUGACGUCUUCCAUUUCACCAACAAACAUGCUGUGUCGGACACUUUCUGUCAAAGCAACUGCAAUCCGGCACUCUUUCCAGAGCUUCUUGGUGAGAACAGAAGGAACUGGUGGUUCAACACCUCGAUAGCAGAGCAAACAAAUGUCUGGUUGGGCGGAUUCCAUUCAAUUUGA